AUGACACGUAGAGAGGCUGGCAUGAAGACAGGGCUCAAUGUCAGCGAACGUCAAGGGAUCAAUGGUGACAUAUUGAACUUGAAGGUUAUUUAUACCUUAGGCUGUCAGGGCUGCCUAUGGCCAAAAUCUGAAAACGGAAAUGUCCUAGUGCCAUAUAUCUUUGUUUCAAAUUACAGUUAUGAUCAUCUGAAUGUGAUUCGGAAUGCAAUGCAAGAAUUCGAAUCCUUGACCUGUGUGCGCUUUGUGCCGAGAUCAGAAGAACUAGCUUAUCUAAGCAUUAUCUCUUCUGAUGGUUGUCUUUCUGUUGUUGGAAGACUUGGAGGAGCUCAAGCUGUACAAUUAGAAGCCCCCGGCUGCAUGUUCAGAGGGGUCAUACAACAUGAGCUAAAUCACGCUCUAGGAUUCUAUCAUGAGAUUAGUCGGCCUGAUCGCGAUAAAUACAUCAUCAUAAAUUAUGAAAACAUAGCACCAGGAUUUGAGUCUGCUUUUGAUGUAGUGUAUGGUGCCCAAAAUUUGAGCCUUGAAUACGAUUAUGACUCAGUGAUGCAUUUUAACAUGUAUGCUUACGCUGAGAAGUCGUCCUUACCCACCAUCAUACCUACCCCUAAUCCAAACGUGGCCAUAGGGCAAAGAGACGGACUCAGUGUCCUGGACGUGGAAGCAAUAAAAAGACUCUAUAACUGCACAGAAGAUGUUAUAUUUUCUUAUUUCAGUUUUUUCUUCCUGACAGAUGUGUGCAGCACAUUACUCAAUACUCCGAGUGGAACUUUCUCCUCUCCCAACUAUCCAUUUAACUUUCCAAACAAUAUAAGAUGUGUCUGGUUGAUCCGAAUCCAGAAUGGACAAAUUUCUUUAACAUUCAACGACAUCAACAUUCCUGACUCUAUAGCGUGUAUCUCAGGUUAUAUUACAAUCUAUGAUGGACCCAGCAUAAAUUCUCCUCCUAUCUUACAAAAAUUGUGUGUCAGUAUACAGCUACCUGCAAUAAUCGGUUCCACUACCCAGAUGCUGAUUGAAUUUGUCAGCAAUAAUGAUACCACAUCUAUGCGAUUCAGUGCUUCAUAUAAAACGGUUCCAUGUGGAGGAACUUACUUUUCUCUAGUAGAUGACUUCACAUCUCCAGGUUACUCUUCAGGGUCCUAUUACUCCAACUUAGACUGUAAUUAUACAAUUAAUGCCCCGGCAGGCUACAAAAUCUCUCUAACUAUAAGCUUUGACAUAGAGCCAGGCCUUCAGUGCAGGUAUGAUACGCUGUUGGUUUAUACCAGUGGGACUAUCAAUGGAAGCAAACGUACACUUUGUGGCAUCAACACAGUGUCAACUACUUCGGAAAGCAACGUAAUGCUACUGAAUUUCCAGACGGACGCAUACACACAACGGCUUGGGUUCUUUGCGCAAUACUAUAUCUGUAAGUAAACGUCUCCCCUAG